CUUCUCUCUCUCUCAUGUAUACUGCAGAUCUGCCAUGGAAAUAGGAAAGCUCCUUCAGUUUGCUGCUGCAGAGAGGAAGACUAUAGGAUAAUCAAAUUUUAGAUAAAGUGUUUCUUGUCUACGAGCUGAAGUUUGAAGCGCAUCGGUUGCAAAUCCAUGUGCAAGAAUCUUUUUUAUUCUGAAAUAACCUCUUGGGCUUGUCGACCAAGUCGCCCCCUUCUGGAAUUUCAAGUCAGAUUUGUCUGUUGAAACCCCAAAGGUGAAGCUUAGAAGCUUAGACCCUUUUUUCUCCCGAUGCUUCGGUUUUGGGAUUGAGCAGAUGGGUUGCUGUCUUUCGGUAAGUAGUGGUAUCAGUAGCACAAGUAGCAGGAGCAAUGGAGAAACAAUAUCUUCAUGUUCGGGUUUCAGCUCUCGGAGGAGCAGGAGACCGAAGAGGGCAUUUUCUGAGCACGUCACUACCUUGCACCAUUUGUCUACUAUACCUAAUCGGAUAUUCUCAAACGGAAAGAGCAGAACUUCAUGUAUAUUCACACAGCAAGGACGCAAAGGAAUAAACCAGGAUGCCAUGGUUGUGUGGGAAGAUUUCCUCUCGGAAGAUGCAAUUUUUUGUGGUGUCUUUGAUGGUCAUGGCCCAUAUGGGCAUCUUGUUGCCCGGAAAGUGAGGGAUGCCCUGCCAUUGAAGUUGCUCUCAUUUCUGCAGUCUUAUGAAUCUAAAAUAAAUGGCAAGAGCAGUGGUUGUUUCGGUAGGAAAGUUAAACUGGAUGAAAGAGAUCCCGAGGAGGCCCCAACCGAGGAUAUCUUGGGCUUGCCGUGGAGAGAAUCUUUCCUAAAAUCAUACAAAGCCAUGGACAAGGAGUUAAGGUCACAUCCUACCUUGGAUUGCUUUUGCAGUGGUAGCACCGCGGUCACAAUUGUUAAACAGGGGUCAAAUCUUUUCAUGGGAAACAUUGGGGAUUCUCGUGCAAUCUUGGGAUCUAAAGACAGCAAUGAUUCCAUUGUUGCAGUGCAGUUGACGGUUGAUCUAAAGCCUGACUUGCCAAGGGAAGCGGAACGCAUUAAACGGUGUAGAGGAAGGGUUUUUGCAUUGCAAGAUGAACCUGAAGUUCCUAGAGUUUGGUUGCCAUUUGAUGAUGCCCCUGGAUUAGCAAUGGCUAGGGCAUUUGGUGAUUUCUGUUUGAAGGAUUAUGGGGUGAUCUCUAUACCUGAAUUCUAUCAUAGGAUCCUCACUGAGAGGGAUCAAUUCAUUGUUCUUGCUUCUGAUGGGGUUUGGGAUGUCUUGAGCAAUGAAGAAGUGGUUGAGAUUGUGACCUCUGCCCCGAAUCGAUCUUCGGCUGCACGAAUAGUAGUCGAGUCAGCUGCUCGGGAAUGGAAACUUAAAUACCCAACAUCUAAAAUGGAUGACUGUGCAGUGGUUUGUAUGUUUUUGGAUGGGAAGAUGGACUCUGAAUCUGAUGACCCAGAGGACCAAGGCAUAUCUACUGCCACCACUAAUCAAAGCCAACAUUCAUGCAAUACAAUUGAGUCGGAUGAUGGUCAGAUCCCAGAACCAUCUCUGCAGAGGAAUUUUACUGUCAGAUCAGCAGAAGACAGUGACCCGAACAGCAAAAUUCUAGUUGGGGUGGAUGAAAGUGAUGGAACCAUGAUGAUUGAAGAUCAAAACUGGUCAGGUUUGGAAGGUGUUACUCGAGUGAACUCACUUGUUCAACUUCCUAGAUUUUCUGAGGAGAGGCGAAAUGUUUGAUAUAUGUCUCUCUUAUGGAGUGCGUUGAUGACUGCCUGUUGUAUUUCCAUGCCCUAAAAUUCUCAUAGGUUCAAGGAAAUCUAAAAUCUUCUCAUGGUGGUCUCAUCAAUUGAAGGUUUAAUAAAUUCUUGUUACUCC